GCCGAGUUGGGCGUGCGGAUCGCCCUGUUCGCGGCCUUCCUGUAAGCGUCUUGCGGUCGGACCCCACUCCAGACGGGCGGCCGACCCCAAAGGAGGCGGGCAGGCAGCCCCUGCCUCGGCCUGGGGUUCCUCGAGCGCCGCCCGCGGGCCAAGGGUAACAGAACUUCUCCCUCCCUUCCAGCGGCUGAUCCAACCAGAGGAGAUGUGGCUUUACCGGAAUCCGUAUGUGGAAGCAGAGUAUUUCCCUACCAAGCCCAUGUUUGUCAUUGCAUUUCUCUCCCCACUGUCUCUGAUCCUCCUGGCCAGAUGUCUCAAGAAGGCGGGCGGGACAGACAGCAGACAGGCCUGCCUGGCUGCCAGCCUUGCCCUGGCUCUGAACGGUGUCUUUACCAACACAAUAAAACUGAUAGUGGGCAGGCCACGCCCAGACUUCUUCUACCGCUGCUUCCCGGAUGGGCAAGCCCAUUCUGACUUGAAGUGCACAGGAGACAAGGACGUGGUGAAUGAGGGCCGGAAGAGCUUCCCCAGUGGACAUUCUUCCUUUGCAUUUGCUGGUCUGGCCUUUGCUUCCUUCUACCUGGCGGGGAAGUUACAUUGCUUCGCGCCACAAGGCCGUGGGAAGUCUUGGAGGUUCUGUGCCUUUCUGUCGCCUCUCCUCCUCGCAGCUGUGAUUGCACUUUCCCGCACCUGUGACUAUAAGCAUCACUGGCAAGACGUACUAGUUGGAUCCAUGAUUGGCCUGACAUUUGCCUAUGUCUGCUACAGGCAGUAUUAUCCUCCGCUGACUGACGCAGAAUGCCAUAAACCAUUUCAGGACAGACUUGUACUUCCCAUUGCACAGAAGCCUGGUGAUCCUUAUCAUUUUAGUAUUUAGAAAUUGGAACUACCUCAGUGGAGAUUAGACCUGCCCAAAUGCAUCAACUCUGCCAACUGGCUAAGGCAGGAAAGAAAAAUUACAGAUGUGGUUAUCUAGCGGAAAAAUGAACUUUCUGUGACCCUUCUUCAAAUGGGAUACAAGGAACAAUUUUACAGGAGAUGCUA